AUGGGUAAGGGACAAUCAACAGCAAAUGCAUCUGCAGUUCCAAAAGGAGCAAAAGAUCGUCAACGUAUCAAUCUUCAACAAAUGCAAAAUGUUCUUCUAAUCUGGCUAGACAACAAUAUCGACGAGAACAACGACGAUUGCCAAAAUACAAUCACACAAUUGCGACAGGCUGUCAACGACAUCAAUACAUUUUCAGAUGUUGAUCAAUGCUUUGAGUUCAUUGAAACAAUCGUCGACAAGAAAGCAUGUAUAAUCAUAUCUGGAUCACUUGGGCAACAUUUUGUACGUUUUGUUCACAAUAUGUCUCAAGUUGAUUCAAUUUUUCUUUUAUGUGAGAACCAAAAAUAUCAUGAACAAUGGGCCAAGAAUUGGUCCAAAAUAAAGGGUAUAUUCGUAGAUAUUACAUCGAUCUGUGAAGCAAUCAAGGAAACUGCUCUUCAAUGCGAACAAAAUGCCAUUCCCAUGAGUUUUCUUGAAUCAAACAAACAAUUGGAUCAAUUAGAUCCUUCUUUUAUGUACACUCAAAUCGUCAAAGAAAUACUGUUAACCAUCGACUUCGACCAAAAUCACUUUCAAGAUUAUAUUAAAUACUGUUGCGAUAGUUUUGUAGAUAAUAAAAAACAAAUAGAAAAUAUCAAACGAUUUGAAGAUCAAUAUCAUAACAAAACACCUAUUUAUUGGUACACUUGUGACAUGUUCUUGUAUCCCAUGCUCAAUCGUGCAUUACGAUUGAUGGAAGGCGAUAUUAUGACACGUAUGGGUUUCUUCAUCGGUGAUCUGCAUCGACAUAUUGAACAACUGCAUCAAGAGCAAUAUGCUGGUACAACUGCUGCAGAUACAUUCACAGUUUAUCGUGGUCAAGGUUUGUCUAUAGGAGAUUUUGAACAAUUGAUAAAAACCAAAGGUGGUCUUAUUUCAUUCAACAAUUUCUUGUCUACUAGUAAAGACCGUGAUCUCUCCUAUGCUUUUGCUGAAAGCAAUCAGACCAAUCCAGAUUUAGCUGCAAUACUUUUCGUUAUGAAAGUGAAUCCAUCUCAAUCAACAAUAUCUUUUGCUUCAGUUGCUGAUAUUAGCCAUUUCCAAGAAGAAGAAGUCAUAUUUUCAAUGCAUAGUGUUUUUCGUAUACAGGAUAUUAAACAGAUGGGUGAAAAUAAUCGUUUAUAUGAAGUUAAUUUGACACUUACUACAGACAACGAUCCAGAAUUGAAUAGACUUACUGAUUACAUUCGACAAAAGAGUCAUCCAGACGCUGAAGGAUGGUACAGAUUGGGUUCGGUACUAUAUAAAAUGGGUCAAUUUGACAAAGCUGAAGAUAUUUAUCAAGUUCUACUUGAUCAAACAAAGGAUGAUAGAAACAAGGCACCUAUUUAUCAGCAACUUGGUUCGAUCAAAAACAAUCAUGGAAAAUAUGAAGAAGCAAUUACACUAUACGAAAAAUCACUUGCUAUUUAUCAAAAAACUUGUCCUCCCAAUCAUCCUGAUUUGGCUGCUUCCUACAACAAUCUUGGUGGGACCUAUAAAAGCAUGGGUAAUUAUCCAAUAGCACUUUCUUAUUAUGAAAAAACUCUCGAAAUUAAACAACAAUCACUUCCUCCUAAUCAUCCUGAUUUAGCUUCUUUCUACAACAACAUUGGUGUGAUCUAUAAAAGCAUGGGUAAUUAUCCAAAAGCACUUUCUUAUUAUGAAAAAGCCCUUGAAAUCAAACAACAAUCACUUCCUCCCAAUCAUCCUGAUUUGGCUACGUCCUACAACAACAUUGGUUUAGUGCAUUACGACAUGGGUAAUCUUCCGAAAGCACUUUCAUCUCAUGAAAAAGCCCUUGAAAUCAGUAAACAUUCACUUCCCCACAAUCAUCCUGAUUUGGCUACGUCCUACAACAACAUUGGUUUGGUGUAUAACAGCAUGGUUAAUUACCCGAAAGCACUUUCUUACUAUGAGAUAGCCCUUGAAAUCAAACAACAAUCACUUCCUCCCAUUCAUCCUGAUAUGGCUUUUUCCUACAACAACAUUGGUUUGGUGCAUUACAACAUGGGUAAUUAUCCAAAAGCACUUUUUUAUUAUGAAAAAGCCCUUGAAAUUCAACAACAAUCACUUCCUCCGAACCAUCCUCAUUUGGCUAUGUUCUACAACAACAUUGGUCUGAUCUAUAAAAACAUAGUUAAUUAUCCAAAAGCACUUUCUUAUCAUGAAAAAGCUGUUGAAAUUCAACAACAAUCACUUCCUCCAAACCAUCCUCAUUUGGCUAUGUCCUACAACAACAUUGGUGUAGUAUAUAAAAACAUGGGUAAUUACUCAGAAGCCCGUACAUGUUAUGAACGUGCUAUACAAAUUGGAGUACAAUCAUUAAAUUCAAACCACCCAAAUCUUCAAAAGUAUAGAAAUAACCUCGAAUGUGUAAAAAACAAAUAA